UUUGUUUGUUCCGCACACGGCAGCAGAGCAGCAGCGUCGCACACACCCACUUUUUUUUUAACCUAAAUACUUUCAGCCGUAUACAAACAAUCUGGCGAGUUGUCCAUAGCUACAACCGCUCGGUCUCAACAUGGCCAAGUCGAGUGAUCUGAAGAUCUUCCUGGAGUCCUCUCUGAAUGAGAUCUUUAAAGCCACAGUGAGCGACAUCCUGGAUUCAGUGGACCGGACUCUGUCUGAGUACCAGGGCACAAUACAGAGGAUCGAGUCCGAAAACGAGGGCCUGAAGCGGCUGCUGUUUGCACAGAAGAGCACCGAGUCUGCUACCAGAGAAAUCCACGAACAAGAUGCCACUGAAAUGUUUUCGAUGUCAGAAUGGAACGAGCAUCCCAUCAGCGCCACCCAGGGCACGUUCAAGAUGUCCAUAUGCAGCAGCGACAAGAAGAGCUGCAGGAGGAAGCAGAAAGACAAGAAGAGGGGGAGCGUAACCUCCUCCUCCUUUUUACUGCAGACUGAUAGUAUGGUAGAAACACCAUGUGUGAACAUAGCAGGGCCAGAUGUGUCCACCUCAAACGUGAUAUCUGUAAAAACUGAGCCUGGAAUAGAAGAAAGCGGUGCUAUUGACCUCUCCCGGCCUCCAUCCCUUCUCAAUCUGACUAUGAGACCGAUAAAAAAUGAGAGCACGGAUGUCAGUUUUGACAGUCAUGAUGCUUAUGCGCCUCUACCGCCAUCUACAGACGUCGAACAAGACUCCAAAGGCAGCGACAGUGAAGUUAAGGUCACCAUUGUUUCUGACACUUACAUGCAGGGUGGACAGCACAUUAAGACGGAGGAAGAGGAGCAGAAUGGGGUUUUGCAGUAUGUUGAAAAUGACAGUUUUAAGGAAGAGCAAGAACUGAACCCUGAAUUAAAAUAUUACCCUGAAUCUGAAAUAAAUCCUGAGGCAGAGAGCAGACAGGUUUUGGUGCCUGAAGUAGUGACCCACGAGCAAAAUGCUGCUGCUCCUGCGGAGGAGUUUUUAGAGGUCCGUGACAACUUUUUGCGCUGUCCAUCCUGUCCCAAAACAUUUAGCCGAGCUGCCUCGCUCAACAUCCACCUCAAAACACACAGCGCUGAGAAGGCCCACAGCUGCAGCUACUGCGGCAAACGCUUUGGUCGGGCCGAUCUCCUAAAGUCCCACAAGCGUACCCACACAGGAGAAAGACCCUACAGCUGCAACCUCUGCACUAAAACAUACGCGCAUCCCAGCCAGCUCAGGAUACACAAGCGUGUCCACACUGGAGAGAAGCCGUAUUGCUGCUCGCACUGCGGGAAGCGCUUCAACGAGCACAACCAGCUCAAAGUCCACCUGCGGACUCACACCGGGGAGAGGCCUUACAGCUGCCAGGAGUGCGGAAAAACUUUCAGCAACGCAGGCAACCUGCGUAUACACGAGAGGAUCCACACCGGUGAGAAGCCAUACUGCUGCGCUCAGUGUGGGAAAAGGUUCAACGGUUUGGGCGACUUAAAAACACACUACAGGAUUCACACUGGAGAGAGGCCCUACAGCUGCGAGCUGUGCAAGAAGACCUUCAGCCAGGCGGGCCACCUCACCAUCCACAUGAGGAUGCACACAGGAGAAAGGCCGUACAGCUGCAAUGAGUGCGGCAAGAAGUUCACGGUGGCCAGCAGCCUCAAACUGCACCAGAGGACUCACACAGGAGAGAAGGAGUACAGCUGCUCGUACUGCAGCAAGAGCUUCAGCAGGUCGGGUCACCUGAAGAGACAUGAACUGGUCCACACCAAAGAGAAGGUUUUCCUCUGCAGCCAGUGCGGAAAAACCUACACUGACCAGUCCUCGCUUAAAAAGCACCUGAAGAUGCACGCCACCAAGGAGCAGAAGGCUCAGGGCGAGGGGAGCACGAGCGAGGCUGAAUCAAACCGACCUUCAGCCUCGGAGACACUUUCAGACACUGAUAGACAUUAGAACCAAAUUCUUAGAAGAUGAGUAAUAUAAAAGUUGAGAAUGAGUACUGUAUGUGAUUUCAUGAAACAAUCUUAAACUCAAGGUCAAAUUACUAGCUUUUUCAGAAACACAAAACCUACAUCAGCAGGGUAUUACGGCUGUGCAGUAUUUGGUGUAUAAUAAGCGUGUAAACGCUUUUUGCUGUUAGUCAAACUGGAAUUCCUGGAACGUAUUUCAUUGUCACCAUCACAACAGUGCAGCUCCGUGUGUCUCUUUGUCGACUAAUGUGUCGUUUUGGUCUCAGUUAACUAAGAUUUCUUUAGUCGGUUUUAUACUUUCUUCAUGCUAAGUGACUUAUUUGCGAGAACCUUUAAGCACAUUUCUGGUAAACAUGUCACAACCCUACUUAAAGACUGGACAAAAAGUGGGAGACACACUAAUAUACUACAGAAUACAUCAAAACAAGCUGGUGGGAAUAUUCUAUAUGGUGCUGUGGUGGUGUAAAAACAAAAGAGCCGGAAACAAAAGCCACAAAUGAAAGCUGGUGAGAGGAGGAUUGCCCAGCAGAAUGGCUGCUGCAGCUCUGGAUUUAUAGGCACAAGCACACAGGGCUCUGGUGUGUCCAAUACUGUUGAUUGCCCUCAAUCAAGUCUGCAGCCCUGCAGAGAGAGAGAGGGCACAACAACAGUAGUUGGAUGAGGAAAUAAGCCAACAAGCAGAGUGGCUUCACAAUCGCAAGAUUUAAAGUGGUGCUUUUGCAUUAUUCUUUAAAGAAAUAGUGUUAGUGGACUAUGAAUCUCUUUAGUCAGGGACCUUCCCCUGUGCUGUUUGAAAGCAGGGCUGCUGUGUGCUGUGGUUCCUGAAAAAGCUGCCACAUUGAUUCCUAAAAAGAUGGGAUGCCAUGUAAAACAAAUUAAACCAGAACGAAUCAGAUUAAGAGUGUAUAUUUACAAUAAUUUUGACAGUCUUCAAUUGAAUAUAUCAUAUCACAAUGGAUUAGUAAAUGGUCGCUGUUUUUAUGUUUAAGAUGACAUUCCAACUUUUUGCAGUUGUAUUCAGUAGACCUUGAGUUUGGAUUAUUUUGUCUUAACUGCUGUUCCUGAGGUCAAGAGUGUACUUUGACGCUCAAAACUGUAUGUGAUGUUUGUGGUACAGUGCAAUACACUGUUGUCUAAUCUUUUCUGUGAUUUAGUAGGUCCAAAUAUUUAGCAAAAACCUUACGAUUAAUUAUUUUAAUUUUAAUUGAUGAACGCUAAUAUUCUUCUUGUAGUCUUGUCUCUCACAGCAAAGUGUAAAGAGACAGACAAUAGGACCCUAAAAGAACUGCUGUUCUUUGAAAUAUGCUGUAUGUUACCAAAAUGUUGGUAGUAGAUUUUUGAAAUACUUUAAAGGAAAAGUUAAUGAAGACUGAGAGGGUGUGCUUAUGAUUUUAACCACCCUGCUGGACCAA